AUGGACACAACUUCUCACGAUACAGUCGGCGCGUCCACCCUCGCAACGCCUCUCUUUAUGCCUUCCUCCCCUCCGCAAGUUAACCAUAGCCCUGAAGGAUCCCCCCGGCGUGCGCGAAGCCCAAUCUCCCAUCGCGCCGGCGAUGACAUCGACGACGCGCAUUCGCCGACCGGCUCGCCGCCGUCCUCCCGGGCAUCAUCGCUUGAUCGCGCUGCGAAGGAGCUCGACGCUCGCCUGGCAGAUUACACGCUUGAUUUUGACCAAUUCCCCAGCGGCCAGUUGAGUCUUGAGGAGCGGAACGACGAAUUGUUCGGAGAAUCGAAGCUACCCCAUGAGGACCAAUUGUCGGAUGUGGGCGGACCCGAGGAUUUUACGGCCAAUCUAGAGAAAUAUCUCAUGGGCGACGAUGAUACAUUUGAUCAUAAGGAUCUGGAAGAAAUUGAGGAAGAAGAAGAACCAGCGCGGGAAGAGCAGGAGCCACCGCGACCGCAAUCUCCAGAGCAAAAACAGCAGGAACAGCAGAGCUCACAACUGCAACAACCCGCUGUGGAGGACGAGGCAGAGCUUGGCGAAUACAGCGAAUUUGCUCCUGUUGAUAUGUCUACGCCGUCGCAUUUGUUACGUAGAGGUAAUGCGUUUUCGAAGGAGGUGACGCAGCUGGAGAACAUCGAGGAAGAUCCGGAUGAUGAGCCGGAUACCGCGAGAACACCGUCGGUUCGCAGGCAUAAACCAACAUCCAGCAAAGACCAGACAGAUACGAAAGAUGAUUUGCUCAGACAGAUUGCGGAGUUGAAACAUGUAGUUCAAGAAAGAGAUGAACAACUUGAAAGGAAUCACAGACGGGUUUUGGAGGCUGCAUCCGCUGGAGAGCAGAUCAAACAUCUGCAAGCAGAACUACAGAAGAAGACAGCUCUGCUGGAUGAGGCCUAUGCAAACCGAAACGAUGAUGCGCUCCUGCGUGAGCAGAUUCAGCUGCUUCAGAAACAGAAUGAAGAGAAGGAAUCUCUUUUGCAGAGGUCCUCAAUCAAUGAAACCGGAAUCAGUGCCCUUCAGGAGCAGAUUGCAGAAAUGCGAAAAGAGUUCCGAGACCGACAGGUGCCUACAGAUGUAGACUCUGAGAGACUAGAGACGAUCGCGAAUUUGCGCCAGCAGUUAAACCUAGCCCAGGAGCAACUAAAAAAACGAGACGCUAUGCUAGAUGAGACUCUCGCUAAACUAAAUGAAGCUACAGCUUCCAGGGAACUACAACUGCGUGAGAAAAAUACCGAAAUCGAUGCACUCAAGGCCCAAAUAGAUGAUCACCUUCUGGAAAUUCAGAAGCUUGAAGCGGAGGUAGACCGCGCAAAUCGCGAAUACCGGACUCUGGAGGAUAGGAUCGCCACGCUUGAGAUCAGAAAUCGCCCACUAGAGGAGAAGAACAGCACACUGGAAGCUGAUCUAAGUCGCGCGCAGUCGCAAGUCACCGCGCAGGAGAACGCUCUCAAAGCGAUGGCAGCGGACCUUCCCUGGGAGACGAGCCGCAACACAUACGAAGAUAUUCUAGAACUGAUCAAUUCCAUGCCGAUUCGCUCUGAAGCCGUUCCGAAAGACAGCGACUCCGGGGAGCCGGAGCUAGAGCAGCUAUGUGAGGAAUUAACAAAACUCCGAACCGAACAGGAGCAAGCAUCAUCAACGCAAAACGCGCUAGAAACCCAAUUGAAGCGGUCCCAAGAACAAGCCGCAGAGGCCCAAUCCCUCCUUAACUCAAUCGAAGGGGAGAACACCCGCUUGUCGAAACGAGCAGAAGAACUCAAAUCCAGCCUGGACAAGGCCGGUCAUGAGCUAAACGAGCUGCGAGAAGAGUACUCCGAAGCCCAGGAUACAAUCCAGCGUCUCCAGGAAGAAAAGAACACGCAACAACCCAGCCCUCCACCCUCCCCUUCAACAACCCGUCAAAAAGAAACUGCUUUGGAGGAAACCCACCAGGCACAACUACGAAGCCUACAAACCGCCCAUGCCACCGCCAUCUCUAACCUACGCACCUCCCACGCAGACUCAACCCGUAAAUUAAGAAAUCUCCUAGCUACCGCUGAAAAGCGCGAGACAAAACUCAAAUCCGAGCUCCAAUUCCUGCGCAGCUCACGCUCCACGCAAGAGAACGAGAUAGACUCUCUCCGUGCAGAAAUCAAGGAGCUGGAAACCAUCAUCAAAGUCAAAGAUGAAACAGCCGCAGCACUUGAUAAGAAAAUCGCUCGGUCCGUCGAGAACCGCGAGAAAGUGUGGGCAGAUCGAGUUGAUUCUGCUCUCCGACAACGCGACCAAUUCGGCAAAGCUUUUCUGUACACAGUGGGCCAGAAAGAGCUUGGAGAGAAUAAAGUGAACUUCGACGAUAAGGGCCGGCCGAUACAGGCGUACCAGUAUGCGUACGUGAAGAAGAAUGGAAGGAAGAAGGCAUAA